AUGGGUACAACCAAGAACUUGCUGUGGUUAUUCCUCUUAAAAACAGCUCUCCUGGAUGCCACCUCAGGUGCCUCCCUGAGCCUGGUGAACGGCAGGAACCGGUGCGAGGGGCGCGUAGAGAUUUACCACUAUGGGGGCCGGGGCACCGUCUGUGAUGACAGCUGGGACCUGAACGAUGCCCAGGUCGUGUGCAGGCAGCUGGGAUGCGGCUUUGCUGUUUCUGCACCAUCAAGUGCCCACUUUGGACAGGGCUCUGGUGAUAUCUACCUGGACGAUGUGCACUGCACAGGGAGUGAGUCCUCCCUCUUCCAGUGCAGCCACGGUGGCUGGGGUGUCCACAACUGUGCCCACAGUGAAGAUGCCAGUGUGGUGUGCUCAGGUACCUUUUCCCAAGUUGCCCUGUCUUCUCCUUUCCAAGGUGCCUCCCUGAGCCUGGUGAACGGCUCGAACCGGUGCGAGGGGCGCGUAGAGAUUUACCACUAUGGGGGCCGGGGCACCGUCUGUGAUGACAGCUGGGACCUGAACGAUGCCCAGGUCGUGUGCAGGCAGCUGGGAUGCGGCUUUGCUGUUUCUGCACCAUCAAGUGCCCACUUUGGACAGGGCUCUGGUGAUAUCUACCUGGACGACGUGCACUGCACAGGGAGUGAGUCCUCCCUCUUCCAGUGCAGCCACGGUGGCUGGGGUGUCCACAACUGUGCCCACAGUGAAGAUGCCAGUGUGGUGUGCUCAGGUGCCUCCCUGAGCCUGGUGAACGGCAGGAACCGGUGCGAGGGGCGCGUAGAGAUUUACCACUAUGGGGGCCGGGGCACCGUCUGUGAUGACAGCUGGGACCUGAACGAUGCCCAGGUCGUGUGCAGGCAGCUGGGAUGCGGCUUUGCUGUUUCUGCACCAUCAAGUGCCCACUUUGGACAGGGCUCUGGUGAUAUCUACCUGGACGAUGUGCACUGCACAGGGAGUGAGUCCUCCCUCUUCCAGUGCAGCCACGGUGGCUGGGGUGUCCACAACUGUGCCCACAGUGAAGAUGCCAGUGUGGUGUGCUCAGUUGCCCUGUCUUCUCCUUUCCAAGGUGCCUCCCUGAGCCUGGUGAACGGCUCGAACCGGUGCGAGGGGCGCGUAGAGAUUUACCACUAUGGGGGCCGGGGCACCGUCUGUGAUGACAGCUGGGACCUGAACGAUGCCCAGGUCGUGUGCAGGCAGCUGGGAUGCGGCUUUGCUGUUUCUGCACCAUCAAGUGCCCACUUUGGACAGGGCUCUGGUGAUAUCUACCUGGACGACGUGCACUGCACAGGGAGUGAGUCCUCCCUCUUCCAGUGCAGCCACGGUGGCUGGGGUGUCCACAACUGUGCCCACAGUGAAGAUGCCAGUGUGGUGUGCUCAGUUGCCCUGUCUUCUCCUUUCCAAGGUGCCUCCCUGAGCCUGGUGAACGGCAGGAACCGGUGCGAGGGGCGCGUAGAGAUUUACCACUAUGGGGGCCGGGGCACCGUCUGUGAUGACAGCUGGGACCUGAACGAUGCCCAGGUCGUGUGCAGGCAGCUGGGAUGCGGCUUUGCUGUUUCUGCACCAUCAAGUGCCCACUUUGGACAGGGCUCUGGUGAUAUCUACCUGGACGAUGUGCACUGCACAGGGAGUGAGUCCUCCCUCUUCCAGUGCAGCCACGGUGGCUGGGGUGUCCACAACUGUGCCCACAGUGAAGAUGCCAGUGUGGUGUGCUCAGGUGCCUCCCUGAGCCUGGUGAACGGCUCGAACCGGUGCGAGGGGCGCGUAGAGAUUUACCACUAUGGGGGCCGGGGCACCGUCUGUGAUGACAGCUGGGACCUGAACGAUGCCCAGGUCGUGUGCAGGCAGCUGGGAUGCGGCUUUGCUGUUUCUGCACCAUCAAGUGCCCACUUUGGACAGGGCUCUGGUGAUAUCUACCUGGACGAUGUGCACUGCACAGGGAGUGAGUCCUCCCUCUUCCAGUGCAGCCACGGUGGCUGGGGUGUCCACAACUGUGCCCACAGUGAAGAUGCCAGUGUGGUGUGCUCAGGUACCGUUGCUUUUCCUUCCUAAAUACAGGCACGCUUUCAACCCGUGGCCCUUGGUGGUGCCUCCCUGAGCCUGGUGAACGGCUCGAACCGGUGCGAGGGGCGCGUAGAGAUUUACCACUAUGGGGGCCGGGGCACCGUCUGUGAUGACAGCUGGGACCUGAACGAUGCCCAGGUCGUGUGCAGGCAGCUGGGAUGCGGCUUUGCUGUUUCUGCACCAUCAAGUGCCCACUUUGGACAGGGCUCUGGUGAUAUCUACCUGGACGAUGUGCACUGCACAGGGAGUGAGUCCUCCCUCUUCCAGUGCAGCCACGGUGGCUGGGGUGUCCACAACUGUGCCCACAGUGAAGAUGCCAGUGUGGUGUGCUCAGGUACCUUUUCCCAAGUUGCCCUGUCUUCUCCUUUCCAAGGUGCCUCCCUGAGCCUGGUGAACGGCUCGAACCGGUGCGAGGGGCGCGUAGAGAUUUACCACUAUGGGGGCCGGGGCACCGUCUGUGAUGACAGCUGGGACCUGAACGAUGCCCAGGUCGUGUGCAGGCAGCUGGGAUGCGGCUUUGCUGUUUCUGCACCAUCAAGUGCCCACUUUGGACAGGGCUCUGGUGAUAUCUACCUGGACGAUGUGCACUGCACAGGGAGUGAGUCCUCCCUCUUCCAGUGCAGCCACGGUGGCUGGGGUGUCCACAACUGUGCCCACAGUGAAGAUGCCAGUGUGGUGUGCUCAGGUGCCUCCCUGAGCCUGGUGAACGGCAGGAACCGGUGCGAGGGGCGCGUAGAGAUUUACCACUAUGGGGGCCGGGGCACCGUCUGUGAUGACAGCUGGGACCUGAACGAUGCCCAGGUCGUGUGCAGGCAGCUGGGAUGCGGCUUUGCUGUUUCUGCACCAUCAAGUGCCCACUUUGGACAGGGCUCUGGUGAUAUCUACCUGGACGAUGUGCACUGCACAGGGAGUGAGUCCUCCCUCUUCCAGUGCAGCCACGGUGGCUGGGGUGUCCACAACUGUGCCCACAGUGAAGAUGCCAGUGUGGUGUGCUCAGGUGCCUCCCUGAGCCUGGUGAACGGCUCGAACCGGUGCGAGGGGCGCGUAGAGAUUUACCACUAUGGGGGCCGGGGCACCGUCUGUGAUGACAGCUGGGACCUGAACGAUGCCCAGGUCGUGUGCAGGCAGCUGGGAUGCGGCUUUGCUGUUUCUGCACCAUCAAGUGCCCACUUUGGACAGGGCUCUGGUGAUAUCUACCUGGACGACGUGCACUGCACAGGGAGUGAGUCCUCCCUCUUCCAGUGCAGCCACGGUGGCUGGGGUGUCCACAACUGUGCCCACAGUGAAGAUGCCAGUGUGGUGUGCUCAGGUGCCUCCCUGAGCCUGGUGAACGGCAGGAACCGGUGCGAGGGGCGCGUAGAGAUUUACCACUAUGGGGGCCGGGGCACCGUCUGUGAUGACAGCUGGGACCUGAACGAUGCCCAGGUCGUGUGCAGGCAGCUGGGAUGCGGCUUUGCUGUUUCUGCACCAUCAAGUGCCCACUUUGGACAGGGCUCUGGUGAUAUCUACCUGGACGAUGUGCACUGCACAGGGAGUGAGUCCUCCCUCUUCCAGUGCAGCCACGGUGGCUGGGGUGUCCACAACUGUGCCCACAGUGAAGAUGCCAGUGUGGUGUGCUCAGGUGCCUCCCUGAGCCUGGUGAACGGCUCGAACCGGUGCGAGGGGCGCGUAGAGAUUUACCACUAUGGGGGCCGGGGCACCGUCUGUGAUGACAGCUGGGACCUGAACGAUGCCCAGGUCGUGUGCAGGCAGCUGGGAUGCGGCUUUGCUGUUUCUGCACCAUCAAGUGCCCACUUUGGACAGGGCUCUGGUGAUAUCUACCUGGACGAUGUGCACUGCACAGGGAGUGAGUCCUCCCUCUUCCAGUGCAGCCACGGUGGCUGGGGUGUCCACAACUGUGCCCACAGUGAAGAUGCCAGUGUGGUGUGCUCAGGUGCCUCCCUGAGCCUGGUGAACGGCUCGAACCGGUGCGAGGGGCGCGUAGAGAUUUACCACUAUGGGGGCCGGGGCACCGUCUGUGAUGACAGCUGGGACCUGAACGAUGCCCAGGUCGUGUGCAGGCAGCUGGGAUGCGGCUUUGCUGUUUCUGCACCAUCAAGUGCCCACUUUGGACAGGGCUCUGGUGAUAUCUACCUGGACGAUGUGCACUGCACAGGGAGUGAGUCCUCCCUCUUCCAGUGCAGCCACGGUGGCUGGGGUGUCCACAACUGUGCCCACAGUGAAGAUGCCAGUGUGGUGUGCUCAGGUGCCUCCCUGAGCCUGGUGAACGGCUCGAACCGGUGCGAGGGGCGCGUAGAGAUUUACCACUAUGGGGGCCGGGGCACCGUCUGUGAUGACAGCUGGGACCUGAACGAUGCCCAGGUCGUGUGCAGGCAGCUGGGAUGCGGCUUUGCUGUUUCUGCACCAUCAAGUGCCCACUUUGGACAGGGCUCUGGUGAUAUCUACCUGGACGAUGUGCACUGCACAGGGAGUGAGUCCUCCCUCUUCCAGUGCAGCCACGGUGGCUGGGGUGUCCACAACUGUGCCCACAGUGAAGAUGCCAGUGUGGUGUGCUCAGGUGCCUCCCUGAGCCUGGUGAACGGCUCGAACCGGUGCGAGGGGCGCGUAGAGAUUUACCACUAUGGGGGCCGGGGCACCGUCUGUGAUGACAGCUGGGACCUGAACGAUGCCCAGGUCGUGUGCAGGCAGCUGGGAUGCGGCUUUGCUGUUUCUGCACCAUCAAGUGCCCACUUUGGACAGGGCUCUGGUGAUAUCUACCUGGACGAUGUGCACUGCACAGGGAGUGAGUCCUCCCUCUUCCAGUGCAGCCACGGUGGCUGGGGUGUCCACAACUGUGCCCACAGUGAAGAUGCCAGUGUGGUGUGCUCAGGUACCGUUGAAGGUGCCUCCCUGAGCCUGGUGAACGGCUCGAACCGGUGCGAGGGGCGCGUAGAGAUUUACCACUAUGGGGGCCGGGGCACCGUCUGUGAUGACAGCUGGGACCUGAACGAUGCCCAGGUCGUGUGCAGGCAGCUGGGAUGCGGCUUUGCUGUUUCUGCACCAUCAAGUGCCCACUUUGGACAGGGCUCUGGUGAUAUCUACCUGGACGAUGUGCACUGCACAGGGAGUGAGUCCUCCCUCUUCCAGUGCAGCCACGGUGGCUGGGGUGUCCACAACUGUGCCCACAGUGAAGAUGCCAGUGUGGUGUGCUCAGGUACCGCGGUGCCAGGUGCCUCCCUGAGCCUGGUGAACGGCAGGAACCGGUGCGAGGGGCGCGUAGAGAUUUACCACUAUGGGGGCCGGGGCACCGUCUGUGAUGACAGCUGGGACCUGAACGAUGCCCAGGUCGUGUGCAGGCAGCUGGGAUGCGGCUUUGCUGUUUCUGCACCAUCAAGUGCCCACUUUGGACAGGGCUCUGGUGAUAUCUACCUGGACGAUGUGCACUGCACAGGGAGUGAGUCCUCCCUCUUCCAGUGCAGCCACGGUGGCUGGGGUGUCCACAACUGUGCCCACAGUGAAGAUGCCAGUGUGGUGUGCUCAGAUGCCACAAGCACGACCACAGCCAGCUUCACGCCAUCCGUUCCUCCAGGUGCCUCCCUGAGCCUGGUGAACGGCAGGAACCGGUGCGAGGGGCGCGUAGAGAUUUACCACUAUGGGGGCCGGGGCACCGUCUGUGAUGACAGCUGGGACCUGAACGAUGCCCAGGUCGUGUGCAGGCAGCUGGGAUGCGGCUUUGCUGUUUCUGCACCAUCAAGUGCCCACUUUGGACAGGGCUCUGGUGAUAUCUACCUGGACGAUGUGCACUGCACAGGGAGUGAGUCCUCCCUCUUCCAGUGCAGCCACGGUGGCUGGGGUGUCCACAACUGUGCCCACAGUGAAGAUGCCAGUGUGGUGUGCUCAGAUGCCACAAGCACGACCACAGCCAGCUUCACGCCAUCCGUUCCUCCAGGUGCCUCCCUGAGCCUGGUGAACGGCUCGAACCGGUGCGAGGGGCGCGUAGAGAUUUACCACUAUGGGGGCCGGGGCACCGUCUGUGAUGACAGCUGGGACCUGAACGAUGCCCAGGUCGUGUGCAGGCAGCUGGGAUGCGGCUUUGCUGUUUCUGCACCAUCAAGUGCCCACUUUGGACAGGGCUCUGGUGAUAUCUACCUGGACGAUGUGCACUGCACAGGGAGUGAGUCCUCCCUCUUCCAGUGCAGCCACGGUGGCUGGGGUGUCCACAACUGUGCCCACAGUGAAGAUGCCAGUGUGGUGUGCUCAGCCCUUGUGUGCUUGCCAACCUACAUGCGCGCAGCUGUAGACAGACACUAUCUCCAAUCACAGGGCUACUCGGUAUCAAACAUCAGCUUGUCUGACUCUCAUUGUAGACCAACAAUUACAUCGACUGAGGUUAUAUUCAACAUUCCAUACAAUGGCUGUGGUACACGUAGACAGGGCAACAAUGAAACGAUCAUCUACUCCAAUGUGAUAAAAGUGCCUGCUCCUGGUUACAUCAUCAAGAGGCAAAAGGACCUUCACUUGUACAUCAACUGCAAAAUGCUCCAGAACACCUGGGUGCAAGUAAUGUACAUUGCUGAUGACAUCAUUAAUGUCAGUGAAAUCCAGUGUGUUAAGGAUCCCACCUACUCUUCUUACUCUUCACCAUACAGUGGUGUUGCUCGGUUUUCAUUUAAUGCUUUUUCGUUUGUUAAUCGACACCCGUCAGUUUACCUGCAGUGUGAGCUGGUGGUGUGCAGGUACAAUGACUACUCUUCCCGCUGCUAUCAAGGCUGUGUUAGUAGGUUCAAGAGGAAUACAGGCUCUUCCCAGGGAAAAGUGAAUGUUGUUAUUGGACCUGUUCAGCUUCGGGAAGCUCACGCUCAGAACAGGAACGUUGAGCUGGGCUCUGACAUCCGGGCGAAAGAGGAGUCUCAGAGCUCAGCGCCGGCUGCCAGCUCCCAUGUUCCUCUGGCUGUGACCGCUGUGGUGAUGGUAGCUGCUGUUCUCACUGUGGGAGGAUUUCUUCUGAAGCGUAAACUGCAGGAACCCAUCCCGUACCAGAUAAUGUGA